UUAAUCCCCAAAUUUAAAUCCUUUUUCUUUUCUCAAAAGAUUACGUGCUUGGAGGGGAGUUAAGAAAAGCAAAAGAAUAAAGAGGAAAUUGGAAGAGAGCGCGUGAGAGGGGGAAAUUACGUACGAGAUCAGCGGAAUCCCCAAAAUUUCUCCCUUCUCCCUGUUUGGAGUUGUUGUAGUGGCCUGCGAGGACUCUUGAGCUCCCUCUUUCCGCAUACGAUAAGGAAUGAUGGAGGUCAGGGCGUCGUCGGAGCAACAAGGAGUGAUGGCCGGACGGGAGCCGUUCGGCCUGCCCAAGACGCCGCCGCCGUCCUCCAACCCCAUGCAGCAGAACAUGCACCUGGCUUACACCGCAGAAGGCAGACCCUACUACGCUCAGACGGCGCAGAACCAGAGCGGGGGCGGCGACGGGGCAGCUGGCCCCGACGCGGAUGCCGCAGAAGGCAAUGGCUCCCCAGAGCACCAGGGGAACAUGGAGGAGAUGGCCAGGAAGAAGAGCGGCCAACCAAGCAACGAAGACAGCGAUGGCUCCAUGUCGGCUGCAUUGGUGCCUGUGCCCAAUCCGGCGGAGGUGACGCCCGGCGCUUCUGGAACUUUGUCGCCGGCUGCCAGGAACACGGCGGGCACUGUGCCGUCGGCGGCGCCGGUCGGCAUGAAGAAGAGAGGACGGCCCAAGGGCUCCACCAACAAGGUCAAGAAGCAAAAGUCUGUUCCAGAUACCACAGGAUUUGUAGGAGCUCACUUUACACCUCAUGCUAUUUGUGUUAAUGCUGGAGAGGAUGUAGCUGCAAAGAUUAUGUCAUUCUCUCAGCAUGGAUCUCGUGGAGUUUGUGUUCUUUCAGCAAAUGGUGCCAUAUCAAAUGUGACUAUUCGCCAAGCUGAUACUUCAGGUGGAACGGUCACAUACGAGGGCCGAUUUGAGAUACUGUCACUGUCUGGAUCAUUCCUUGAGUCAGAGAAUGGAGGCCAUCGUAGUCGAACUGGUGGGCUCAGUGUUUCACUGGCAAGUUCUAAUGGCCGCGUCUUGGGUGGCGGCGUUGCUGGACUUCUGACUGCUGCUACACCAAUACAGAUUAUAGUGGGAAGCUUCGACACCGCCACCGAGAAGAAGGCGCCGAAGAAGCAGCGAGCUCCGUCUGACCCGUCCUCAUCGUCCGCACCACCGCAGAUGGCGCCUGUCAUCGCUUCUGCUGCUAUGGCAGUACCCGCCGUUACUACUCCUGUCGCCGAACCCAUCGCUCCUGUUCCUCUGUCCGUUGCCAUGGCAGCCGGGCCGAGCGGCGAGUCCUCUAGUGCCGCUGGAAACCAGCUGAACCAUGGCGCCACCGCCAAUGACAACACCCAGAAUCAGGGCCUUUCCAGCAUGUCCUGGAAGUGAGCUCCAUCCGUGCGCCGUCAUCAGCGGCCAGUUUAGCUUUGACUUGACUGCCGUAGAACUCUCUGCAAGAAGGAAAGAAGAAGAACCUGACUAGAUGUUAUUAUCUAGGUGUUAAUCUGUCGUCCUAGACUAUUUCGUUUCGUGGAUCAUUAGACUGUCGUCGUGGAUUAUUAUUUUGUGGUCGUCGUUUUAUUGUCUGUCGUCCGGACGCCGUGAACCAGGAUGCUGGAUUAUUCAUUCCUGUGUCGUCGUUUGAACCCUGUGGUUAUCAUAAAUUUCCUGCACAUUUGACAUUUGGUA